AUGUCCGUCACCUUCACAGAGACUUUGCCCGGGCAGAGGGGAGCUUUGGACACCCGGUCUCCCCUGCCCGAGAGAAUCGGCCGCCGCUCCCGGAGCUUCGGCCUCGACGUCUUCGAUUCGAGCUCCGGAGGUCUGUCUCUUUCUGGGGCUUCAGGGCUGUCACCUGGCCGCCACUUGCUGGAGGAAAGGAUGGCUCCGCUGCCAUCGCUCUGUUUGGUGAUGUACUCCGGAUUCUUGGCGACUUUGGCCUUGGACAUUGUGGUCACGACGGCCGACGAGUAUUCCAAGAAACUCGGGGCAGGGGCCAUGUUCAGCGGACUUGUCAUGGCUUUGACACCUCUUCUUCAGGGCUUGGUCGGAGUCCCUCUCAAUCGCUGGAUGUUGAAAUCAACUUCUAUGAAGACCGUGAGUAUUCUCAUGGCUGCUGGCAUGGUUGUAGGAAACAUCAUCUAUGCUCUUGCGGGGCUCAUGCACUCCAAGCAGGCUGUCCUUUUCGCACGUGCCCUCAUUGGCAUCUGUCAGUUUCAGUUGGGUCCGCCCAUCUACAUUGCCGACGCUGUGGGUGUCAAGUGGCGCACGCCGGUGAUGUUCGUGUACUCCGCUGUGGCUACCUUGGGGCUGGCGGCGGCUCCAGCUAUUUGCGGUUUGCUAGACACCUUCCUGCAUGAGCUGCGCAUUCAUAACUUGGUGCUGGACUCAGAUACGGCCCCAGGCUGGUUCAUGGCGAUUGUCUACUUCUCAUACUUACUGAAGGUGGUCUUCUUUUUCGAGAACCCAGAGGAAUCGCCCUCACAGGAAGCCAGCCGGGCCUCUGCAGAAUCCCCGGUCGAGAAGCGAGAAUCAUUAUGGACGACUGGCUUCCUUCUAUGCCUCUUGGCAGGCUUUGCGAGCACUAUGACAAACAUCGGCUGCAUGGUCUACUUCACGCAACUUUCUCAGCACACUUGGCACUGGACCUUGGCCCUGAGCUCGUGGGGCCUUGCAGGGCUGAUGGCAGUCGUGUGCGUCUUGUCGCUGGGAAGCAGCCGGCUUGUGAAACUCGUGGAAGAUAGGAAGGGCCUCCAGCUGAGCUCAUUAGCAACUGCCAUUGUAUCCAUACUUGCCUUCCAGUUCAUGCCGAGCUGGUCCGCGGCAACUAUUGCUCUGACUUUUGCUGGUUUGUUGCUCAUCCUGACUGCGAGCAGUGUCGUCAAGAACUAUGCCUAUGCGCUGACACCGAAGAUAGUGGCGCCAGACUUGAAGGAUCUAGCCGCGUCGUGGCUCAUGCUGGCGCUGACCCUGGGUCGAGGUGUCGGCGCGCAAGUUGGAGUGUUGUUCACCCCGGUCUCCUUUGCAGUUACCAUGCUGAGCACCUACGUUUUGCUGUUUGCUCUUGUUUCUAUUUUCCGAUCUCGAAUGAAGCAGCAUGCCAAGGCGGUCUAG